CUCUCGCUUCCCCAGAGGGUGCAUUGGGGAGAAGGGGGUCCGUCCCAGGGCUGCCUGCAGGGGAGGGUGCAUAGGGGGUCUUCCAAAGCCAUGCAGCAUGAGACCCCCAGUCCCCCAUCCACGCUAAAAGAGUUCACUGUGCUUUGAAGACACAGCUGUUUGUUUCCGGGAUGAGGAGUGGGUGUUGCUGGAUCCUGACUAGAAAGCUCUGCAUACAGAAGUCAUAGAGGAGAAUAAUAGGUGAUAAUUGUGGGAUCAUGGCCUCUCUUGGUGGUGAUGAAUUGGAAAUGAAGAACAAGGGAGACCAUGAUGAAAUUCACACAGAGGGGAAACCAAGUAAAUAUUUGGAAUGUGGAAAGAGCUUCAAUCUAAGCUCCCAUUCAACCUCCCCUCGAAAAAAACCCAUUGGGAAGAAACCUUAUCAGUGCUUGGAAUGUGGAAAGAGCUUCUGUCGGAGGGGUCAUCUCAUUAUUCAUGAAAGAAUUCAUACUGGGGAGAAACCAUAUCAGUGUGAGGAAUGUCAAAAGUGCUUCAGUCACAGGUCCAGCCUCACUACCCAUCAAAGACUUCAUACAGGGGAGAAGCCUUAUCGGUGCUUGGAAUGUGGAAAGAGCUUCAGUCAAAGGUUCCAGCUCAUUUCCCAUCAACGAAUUCAUACACGGGAGAAACCUUUUCAAUGCCUGGAAUGUGGAAAGAGCUUCAGUCACAGGUCCAGCUUCAUUUUCCAUCGAAGAAUUCAUACAGGGGAGAAACCUUUUCCAUACUUGGAUUGUGGAAAGAGCUUCAGUCAAAGUUCCCAUUCAACUUCCCAUCAAAGAAAUCCCAUUGGGAAGAAACCCUAUCAGUGCUUGGAAUGUGGAAAGAGCUUCAGUCGGAGGGGUCAUCUGAUUAUCCAUGAAAGAAUUCAUACAGGGGAGAAACCAUAUCAGUGCGAGGAAUGUCAAAAGUGCUUCAGUCACAGGUGCAGCUUCAUUUCACAUCAAAGAAUUCAUACAGGGGAAAAACCUUAUCGGUGUUUGGAAUGUGGAAAGACUUUCAGUCGGAGUGACCUACUCACGGUCCAUCAAAGAAUUCAUACAGGGGAAAAACCCUUUCAGUGCUUGGAAUGUGGAAAGAGUUUCAAUCAGAGGGCCACCCUUGCUGCCCAUCAAAGAAUUCAUAAAAAACCUUAUCAGUGCUCAGAAUGUGGAAAGAGCUUCAAUGAGAGCACUAAGCUCACUUCCCAUCAGAUUAUUCAUAGAGGGGAGAGACCAUUUCAGUGCUUGGAAUGUGGAAAGAGAUUCACACAGAAGGCAGGUCUCACUUCCCAUCAAAGAACUCAUACCUGGGAGAGCCCAUAUAAAUGCUUGGAAUGUGGAAGGAGUUUUAGUCAGGACUCCCAUCUCAUUUCCCAUCAAAUAAUUCAUACAAUGGAGAGACCAUAUAAAUGCUUGGAAUGUGGAGAGAGUUUUAGUCAGGAGUCCUUUCUCACUUCCCAUCAAAGAACUCACAGCAGAGAGAAUCAGAUUGCCGUUGAAUCAUUGAAUUGUUGCAUUGGACUGGAUGGUGAGAGUCAUCUUUUCCAACCCCCUGCAAUGCAGGAUAUUCAACAAAACCAUUCAUGACAGAUGGCCUUCCAACCUUUGCUUAAAAUCCUUCAAUUAAAGAAGAGUCCACCACCACCUGAACUAAUAUGUUCCACGGUCAAACAGUUCUUGCUGUCAGAAAGUUCUUCCUGAUGUUUCAUCAGAUUCCCAUUACUUGUAUCUUGAAUGCACUGGUGUGGCCUUCCACCGGAACAGGAAAAAGCAAGUUUGCUUAAUCUUCCAUGGCACAGCCCUUUAGAUAUUGGAAGAUGUCUUUCAGAUCUCCUUCUCCAUCUCCCUUUCUCCAUAAUAAACAUCCCAGCUCCCUCAACUCUUUCUCCAAAGUCUUCGUUUCCCAAGCCUUGAUCACCUUGGUCUCCCUCCUCUGCACCCGUUCCAGCUUGUCAGGGAUGAAGCAGAUCUAGAACUCUGGCUGAAAAGGUUUGGCGCCAGAGGCAUCAAAGCCAUUGUGGAGACAAAAUGUGUGCAAGAUAACAUCCUUGCAUUGCAGGGGUUGGACUGGAGGACCCUUGGGGUUCCUUCCAACUGUAUGAUUCUAUGAUUCUAUGUUGAUGCAUUUCGCUGCUGCAUCCCACUGUUGACUCACUACAAGCUUGUGGUCUACUAAGAGGCCUUGAUCAUUUUUCCAUAUACGUGUUGCUGAUUAUUCCUGCCUAUAUGCAGAACCUGAUAUUUGUCCCUACUGAAAUUCAUUUAUUGCAUUCAAAUACCACCUUUUCCUCCAAGGUGCUGCUACAUGGUUCUCCCCAUUCUCUUUUAAUCCUUUAUUUCUAUUUCUAUUUUACUGUACAAAGUUGUUAUUGUAUUCCACCAGAUCUUAACCUAUUUGUAAGAAUGGAAUCUCCUCCUCUUUUAAUCCUGACAAUUACCCUGUGAGGUUGGUCAGGAUGUGAAGCAGUGCCUGGCUCCCAAGGACACCUAGUGAGCAUCAUGGCCGAGUAGGAAUUUGAACCCAGGUCUGCCAAGUUAUAUUCUGGCAUUCUUAACCACUAUACCACACUAGUUCUGCCACGAGACUGUCAGAAAUUGUGCAUUUGUGCGCUUCUCCUUCACAUUUAGGCGCAGUGUCCUGGUCCUUGUUUUUAAAGUUGUAUACACAUGUAUCAAAACACUAAUAUAAUAGUGCAUCUCAGUGCUUUUUUCUGGGGGUACGCAUGCCCCUAAACAUUUUGUGAAUCCUUGUACUUUUGUCCAUUGACUGUAUUUAUUUUUCCUGAUUUGAACUCUAAAAUGGUGAUUUUCUUGAGUCAAAAUGAGAGCACCCCUAAACAUUUUUUAAGGAAAAAAAAAACCACGGGUGCAUUUAGGUACUGUUAGCUAGAGAGGGAGAAAGGGUAAGUUUGGGCUACUGCUGUGAGUGUUGACUGAUUGAGAGUCAGAAAGGGGGUUUGAAUAAACAGGGCUUUGUUUAAUUAAACCAUCUAUGUCCUUUCAAAUGUGUUUGUGGGAAGGGGGUUAUUCUUUAGUUUUGAUUCAUGUUUUUAUUUUGUAUUUUUGUGCUUUGAAACACUUUAAAAUUUAUACACCAGAAUAAAAGGCCACAGUUACCAUAUAAAGUGUUAUAUCAACCUGCCAAAGGAGGUGGCACAGCAGUUCCUAAUACCAUGGGGUACUAUGCAGCAGCCAAUCUACAUAGCAUUUUCCUGGUAAUUCAAGGAUCUCAACAAAAAAGUUUGGCUAAAUAUGGAAAACCCUAAUGAACAGAAUUCGAUAAGAGGGGUCCCAUUUUGGCAACUUAAUGAUUUUUUUUUUUACUGAGAUAGAAAACCCCUUUUUAUUAUCUAAUCUAAAAGUUUGGAAGAAAUGGUUCCCACGUAUGGCCUCUCAGCCUUCCCCUGUAAUACCAUUGGUAUUUCACCCUACUUUCUAUAAUAGAGACAGAAGAGGUUUUAUUGUGCAUAUUAUUUACAGUGCAGAGAUAGCAGAAAACAUGACCUCCUAGUCACUUGCAGAAUCCGGCACCCCGAAAUGCCGCCCUCUAGCCCAAAGUUUGGGCUCGUGCCUCAAUUCGGGCGCCAGAAGUGGCUGAGUUCCCAGUUCCCCUUCUUGGCUGGGGCAGUGCCUGGGCUCUGACACAUCCUGAGCCGUCAGUUCUCCACUUGUUGGCUGGAAGGGUGCAAGGGUUCUGCGGCCUCAAAACUCCCUCAGAAAGGGCUCCUCGCAUUUUCCCUCCAAAAGGGCUGGCUCCGCCCCAUCGGGCUAGGUAGCCAAUCAGAGAGGGGGCCCAGCCCCCUGGUCGUGUUUCUGAGGGACUGCAGCACCAGACUCUGCCCGGCCUCAGCUGUCCAUCUCUCUCUCUCCCCUCCCCACCCCCACACAUGCAAAAGAAACCCUCACAAAACAAUCCAUUCUGAUUUCUGCGGCUUAAUAUUGCAUCCUUGUUGCUUUCUGAAACUGUGACUUUAAAGUGGGGCUGCUCUGGAGGGGGCACGGAGCUCUGUCUGCCCCUGGAGCUGGAAAGGUGCCUGUG